AUGGCGGACGCCGGGCACUUCACCACACCACAAGGCCAGACAGAGCUGCUCCUAACGAAACUCAACUUAAUUUUUAAAGCAUUCUGUCGAAAGCUCGAGGAGAGGCAAAGAGGGAAAACCCUGCUGCUCCACUCACCUCCUGUAGCUCAGCGGUCCCUGCUGAGGCUUCCAAGGUGGAACGGCAAAACACCCAGGCGCCGGAGAAGACCACGCAAGCACCCAGCUCCACGGGUUAGGUCUGAUCACAGAGCCCCACCGCAGAGUCUCUCUCCCACAGGAGAACAUCCACAGCCCCACCAGGCCGUGCACGGCCCCAGCUCUAAUGCCGAUCGGGGCUUCCGGAAAUCACCAGGAGCUUACCUAAAAGCUACAUGGAGAGAGGGUGGCGGGCUAAGACAGUUAGUGGCGGUGGGACAUGAAACGCGAGGAAGUUCUGACCAUCUUGUAUACCCCAUACUUAGUCUGGAAAGAGAUGGUCUGCAGUGGCCCAAAUGUGGCAUAGGCCGAAUCAUCGAUCUCACCUGA